AUGGCGACUUCCUGCUCACCUGCUACCGAUCAUGGGCUGUACGCCCUGGAGGACACGGAACAGGCGGCUCAGAACCUGAACAGUCAAUACCAGCGCAUCCUGGCUCCACUGUCCCUCUUCCCCACUACGUGUAAUCGGUUGAGGGGCCCCGUUCUGAAAGAGACCUCUUCUCUUUCGCCUUCUACGCAGAAGCCCGGUGUGCCCCUCUCUUUGGCCGCCUUUACGCAGCUAGUAAAAGGGCGCUUGGAAUUAGGGCCACAAUGGGAGAACGUGUGCGCUCGGGCGCAGAGGGUCUUUCGGGAGAUCAUCCUCGCUGAAGUGAAACGCAUCUGGAAGGAUGCCCAGCACUCGUUGUAUGACCCAGCCUUCAGCCCCCAGGUGAACCGGGAGAUUUACCAGAACCUAGUGGCCUACAUUGGCUUGGUAUGCCAUCAUCUCUUCCUUCAUUACCUGUGCCUGAUGGACCACUGCCGGGCCCUAGGCGUCUUCACUGACUGUGCCAACCUCACCCGCUUUUCUGCCCAGCUCUCCCUGGACUGCUCCACUUUCCUCAAAGUGUCUGCUGUCCGGCAUCGGCUAGUGAUGGAAAUGAAGAUUCUGCAAAACCGCCAGCCAGAGCAAACUGGGAGGAGUCAAUUCAGACAUACCUCAGCUCGCCAUUUGGGAUGCCGUUUGGGCUUUACAAUUAGCCAUUUCAUCAAGCUCAUCAGACCUCACAUGCAAACACUGAGACAGAAGAUAGCAAAGGAUAUAAAGGAGUUGGAGGACUUACCUACACUGGAUUUAAGCAAAAUAAAGCACUUACUGCCUGUGCCAAAGCCUGCUGCUCUUUCCAUGAGACAAGCGACAUGUGCUGCAGUCACAACACCUUGUCCCCCUACCCCUGGCUCAGGAGCCAAGAUUAAACGAGAACAUGCUCAUCAGACUGUCAAGAGGAGCAAGUCACUGCCCAACAUGAGAAUAGGGCAGCUCUUAGCAGAUGAACUUGGAAUCAAAUUAUUUAUUCGCCCCCUCACCCCUGAUCUGCCUUGUCACUAUGCAGAGUCUACAGAAGAUGGUGAACUCAAGGUGUCGAAAAACCUGACUGAGGACCUCCGAAGGCUGGUGCAAGGUUCCAUUCUGAAAAAGAGCCAACGGAGAGCUGAACUGGAUGAGGAUUCAGAGCUUCCUCCCCUCAUUAAAGCCCUGACGUGGCGCAAGUCUAAUGAAGUCCACUGCGAGCAGCUCCAGAGGAUGCUUUGUUCCCUGCAGCAGGAACACAUUAGUGAGACGCAGCGGAGACACACCAUUAUUGCUGCACCAGCCAGCCACCCUCAAGCUGCCACAGUGAACCUUACAGUUCACAAUAGGAUGGUGGUGAAAGCAGCAGAUUUACAAGUAUCUGAAAGAACAUACCUUGAAACUGUGGUCGUAGACAGAUACCCAGUAAUAUACAAUCAUCUCCUGGGGGAGAUAGACAAUGCUACCAGCAAAACAUUAGAUGCAAAUCUUUCUGCUGGGGAAGAUGUCAAGAAGAUGUACAUGGAACUGAUGAAUACCAUCCCAAAAGACUACCAGAAGCUUGAUAUAGGGCCCUUGAUAGAACCUCCUGCAGUGAGCAUAGAACUAUCAACCUGCUUUGCUUCCUCAACACUGACUAGAAGAAAAUGUGAGCAGGUCAUCAAUGAAGAACUGAGUAAAAUCCUGCCAGCUGGACCAUUCAUCCUUGAAGAAGUAACAGAUACACCCACAACCCGAAAUCUACCUUUCGAAAAGAAGUUAUCUAAAAAACAGCGUGCCUCUUGGUUCAAAUGGUGGAAAGCAACCUUCAACACUGACGAUUACCUAAAAUAUAUCAGCACAAAGGACUCAGACUAUUUACAAGUUAUAUUUCAUUUGUAUAACUAUGAAGAGGAGGAGGAAGAGGAGCAUCCCAUAAUAGAUGAGGCUGAAAUUAAAAAACAGGAGGUGGUGAGGAAAGAGACAAGAAAGCAAGCUGCAGAGCUUCAGUCCAAGAAGGAAGAGUACCAGCCUGGGGAAUGGAACUUCAACACCAUCUCAAUGGGUGGGCUAGGAACUUUUUUUGGCUAUGACCACAAACCUGAGGAUCUCAAGGUCUUACAGAGAAGGCUGGAAAGACUGUGGACAGUUCUUCAUUUCACUCAACAGGAGAGGCUAGAUAUGGCAAUUAAGUACAGUUCCAAAAGAUACUACUUGCUUCUUCCACAUAUGCUGCAGUCUUGGGAGAUGGCAGCACAGUGCAUCCAGGACCGGGAACUCUUGCUGUCUGAACUGGAAAGCUUUGAACAAAUGGCUUCAGAUCCAAACCGCUUCUUCAACAGGGCUACCAGAUCCUUUGCAAUGCGAAUGAAAGAAUCUAGAAUCAGGAGCCACCUAUACUCUAAGUUGUCCCAGUAUGACUCUGAGCUCUGCAUCAUCUUGAAUCACAUCAAAGAGACAUUCAAUGACACUGUGACCUUCAAGGGACGUCCAUACCUGGAGAAAAUGGAAUGGGACAUAGUGGAGAUGAUGUACUGGCUGCAACAGGAGCGGCGUGCUAGCAGCCUGAAGAAAGUAGUCCAGAGAGGUCAGAAGCAACAGAUGCUACCUCCACUUACUUAGACUCGCAUCAUUGCCCAAUUUGUUAUCCCUUAGAGACACUAUUUCAGGACUUGUCUCCACAUAUGCCAAAUUCAUUCAGAUUUUCUAGUUUUUCAGCCAAGCGAAAGG